CUGUGUGAGGAGAGGACGUGCGACUUACGCUCUCGCUCCCACCGUGAGAACCCUUGCUUGUGUUUCCGCCUCCUAACUUAACCGUUGAAACAAAUAACUUGCGGUCAUCGAAUGUGCUCGUGUGCCUUUUGGUAUAUGUUAGUGUUGUGAUCUAUGUGCAGUUGCGAUGAUAACAUUGAUGUAUCACACAGUGACAGCGUUUUAUUGAUUGUGUAAAUGAACCAAGUCAACUUUUAAAUGAAUGUAAAUAACGUUUACGGAUUUGUGGCUAAUAGUGAAUGUCUUACGCAAGUGAUCUUCGUACACUAUAAGACUGUCAUCCACGAUUGUUCAGGCAAGUCAUCAACGGGAGGAGGGCGCCCCUGGACGCUAUGCCGCCACCAUGCCAGGCCAGGAGCGGGAGCAGAUAGUGCCAACCAACGCUGGCAUGUGAAGACGGGGCGUGAUGACUAGUGAGGUGGAGAUCGGCGUGUGGGUGGAGGGCGUACAGAAGUGGGUGACGGGUGUUACGCGGAGGACGACCUGCCACGACCUGGUCAAGGCGCUACUGAGGGCGCAGCCGGGGGCGGCCCGCGCUGACGACGGCGACGUCAUGCACUACGUCAUCGUUGAGCGCUGGCGCAAAGUGGAGAGACCGCUGGAUCACGAGCAGCGCAUUCUGAAGGUGUGGCGGACGUGGGGCGAGGCGGUGGGCGAGGUCCGCUUCUCCCUCCGGCGGGUGCGGGAUGACGAGGCCGCAGGCGACAACAACAGCAGCUGCGGCAGGCCCGAACGAAGCAGGAGACGCCAGAAAUGGCGACAUAUCCACGGCUCCAAGGAGGCCCUUCACCCGAAGACCCUGGCCAGAGAGGACCACAAAUUCAGCGAGACGAUGGAGCGACUGAUGCGGCUGGUAGUGGCUCAGGGCGAGACCAUCCAGACGCAGCUGCGGCGCCUGCAGGAGAGGGAGCAGCAGAUCGAGCAGUACGAGCAGCAGAUGCACCUCCUCCGUGUCCAGAACCUUGGCACCGACUACCUCCUCCACUCCUACCUCAAGGACGACCAAGGCGAGGCCAAGGACGAGCCAAGCAGCGAGGAGAAGAGUAACGACUCGGGGGUAGUGACGGAGGAGGUGGUGGAGGGCAGCCAGAGUGUGGAGAGCGUGGCAGGCCUGGAGGACAUCCAGGAGUUUGCCUCCAUUUUGGCCAGGAUGGAGGAAGUCAACAUCCGGCUCCUGCACGAGGAGGAGACUCUGGCCAGCAUGGCGACGAGCGUCAACGCUGCCUACGAGCAGCACAACGAUGAGGCGGAGCUCCUGCAGCAGGAGCUGCUGUGCGUCUCCCAUAUCCACGCUCAGCUGGUGACGGACGCGCGGCAAAAUGAACAGACCUUGCGCGAGACCGAGGCCAUCCUAUGGGAGCAACGGAAGCAACUCGAGUUGCUACUCAAGGAAGACACCGAGUCCGACCUGGAGACUCGCGCACUAAGACAGCAUCUAGACUACAUUAUACACCUUCCUCCCUCUGCCUUCCAGCUCCCAGGUGCUGGAGAUAGUCCCCCGCAGCCGGCCACAGCUGCCACCACUGCCAGAGUGCCGCCUGUAAGUACCUUAAAGAACAAUAACACAGACCUUCCUCGGGUAUCCACCACCAGACAAAGCAACCAAGUCACAGUAGAGGAUAAGGAUGCCCCACCUCCGCUGCCCUUGUGCCCGCCACCUCCGCUGCCCUCCUGCCCGCCACCCAUCACAGAGGAGGACGAGGAAGAUGAUCGAGACUCAGCCAAAAACAGCAGCUUGUGCGUGAGCUCACGAUCCAGCACGUCUUCCGAAGCCUCAGCCAACAGCAUAAACACUACGACCUCCGCGACACCAGCGCCCAGUAAGGUCUUGUCCUCCUCCUCCUCCUCCUCCUCCUCUCACCCUCUAACAUCCUCUAAGACUAAUGAAGCAGGAGGCAAAGAUACAGACUCAACGGACUCGAAUUCAGACACAGGGUUGAGUUCGCUUCACAGUAGUAGUGAUGAAGGCGUUUAUGUGUUGGACACUCUUGUCUGAGGUGAAGCUAAUUCAAUAAUUUUUUUAUAAACAGUGGUGUCCGUUGAACAUUUACAGAUGGCAUUUCUAUGAACACAUUCCUAUAGUGCUGGGAUAUAAGUGGCAGUGGAACACUUUAUUACAAACAAUGCUGUGAAACUAGUAAGGUUGUUUGUGAAACAACUGAGUGUGAUCUCAUACUGUCGGGGGGCCCGAGACCCCCUCAUACUGGAGAGUAUAGAACUAUGCAACCAGUGAACCAAAUAUGUAUACUCAGUGAAAUCGUUAAUGCUGUGUUCAUACCUUAAUUAUUAAUUGAGAUUUAUAUUACGAGAGAUAGCGGGAUAACAGUCCGCACAUUACUGUAUAUUGUAUAUAGAUGUUGAGUAUGUGAGCUCCAUGUGCUCAACCCGCACUCAUUGUUAUAUAUCACAAACAAAUAUUAUUUUCUGUACUUCCGAGGUGCCUUUAGGGAGAAAGGGUCACCCCCAGCUCACUCUUGAAGCUUUAUCAUGGAUUUUAAGGAACGGUGAAUCUUGUGUAUCUUUUGUCGUGAUUUUCAUUCAUUUGGGAAACAGAAAUUGAAUGCUGGACUGCGGGUACCUGCGGGUACCUGCGGGUACCUGCGGGUGUAUUCCACUUGUUGAAGGAGUACUGAGGAGGGUGGCGGCGGUGUUGGGCUCUCAAUAAUGUCCCGGGUCUCACUGCGUAGCACUCUGGUGGAGCAAUGUCUUUACUUGAUGUUUGGAGUCAAGUAAUGUGCAAGUUCAGUGCUCUGUAUAGGCUGCCGGUCUGGGUUAUCUACCUUAUCAGGGAUUUUCAGUGAAGCCUCACAUUAUCUCAAUAAAUUAAAGGUUAAUUAAUAUUUCGUCAUCAGUUACUGAAGUAUUUUCAUGCUUGUGUUGAUACGUAGAGACAUGCAGCUGGCUAGGCUUAUACACCCAUAGCUUCAGAUUACCUCCAACUUUGCUUUAGGAAUGAAGAAAAUAUCGUUGAAGCCAAUAUUGACAGUUCUGUAAAUCUACUGAAACAGAUGUCAAGGCUGUGUGUGUGUGUGUGUGUGUGUGUGUGUGUGUGUGUGUGUGUGUGUGUGUGUGUGUGUGUGUGUGUGUGUGUGUGUGUGUGUGUGUGUGUGUGUGUAGUGUCAGCGCGUUUAGGACAUCCCGUUUGGCAAUGGUGGUUUUGGUCGCAUCAGAUGGUGAUGUCAUAGUUAUUAGUCCACUGCAAUGGAUUUAGGUGCCUCAGUUACAAUCUUAAGUUAACUGGGUGUUUCAACAGUUACUUGCGUCUCUCUCACACUCACCUUCAUAGUCUGGAGGAAACCCGUAGUGUGUUUCAACCAGGUAAUCAACCAGGUAACCUCCUGAAACGUGCUGCGGUAUAGCCUUCCCGGCUUGGUGCCUUCUUUGAUAAUUAUUUACUUCCUUCUGAAACUUGUUCCAUUGCAACUUUUGCAACAGGUUAUUCUAUACGUUUGCUCCAGUACACAGGGAAGAUCAAAUUGUAGAUGUGUUUUAUUAAGGAAUAUAUUUUGCUCGUCGUAAAAUUAGGAUAAUAACGAUGUAUAUAGACGGGUGGCCAGGACACCGCUGGUGUUGGCCGCCGCACUCCUUCCUGCUCUUUCACUGUUAACCAAGAGAAUACUGUAGUCGUGAUCCCGUACUACAGUGCAUCAGUACGAGUGUUCUUGAGUGUUGUUAUAUGAGUAUUAAUGGCGGUUAUCACGUCUAAUUACAGAGCUGAAUUUUUCAGUGUGGUUUGAGGGCUUCGCUGACGUCAUUUUGUAUUCUGAAAUCCCGAGCAUAAGUGUUACACAUUAUAACUUAUACAUUAUAGACCUCUCAGAAAAGCUUUAUGGCCAUAAAUAUGUUACCUAACAAAUGAAUAAUUACAAAUUUAUUCUGGGUGUUUUUUACUCUCAGGGUUGAUGCCUUUUGAGUUAUAAUUAUUGAAAUAUGGUAAAUUGCAGAGGAAGUAGAUAGUUGCGAAUAGACGUUAUAUAAAGUUUUACGUCUUCCUGGAGCUGUAAACUGAGAACUCCAUUAGGCCGAACAAAUGACAGUCAUACAAUUCAUUGAUUUUCCACUCCAAUACUACAAAAGCCUAGCGCUUUAGAAAUGAACACUAAUUCUAAAUUGUUUAUACUGCUAUACCAUAUAAUUUUUUUAUGAUUAUUUUUAUAAACUCAAAUAAGUGUGUUUUGAGUCUCAGCUUUUAAUGGAAUCUUUAAAAAGGAGGACAGAAAUAGCCAAAGUUACUCAAUCCUUUUAGGAUUUUUUUUAUCUCAAUAAACCUAUUUGAACUUGGAAUCGUUAAAAACUAAAUGUUAGGCGUUUUUGCCCAUUACUGAAGGUACAUAUGCCACAUUAUUAUAACUGAAAAUCAGCUCAUUACACAAGAAAUACACAUUUAGAUAUGUGCUGUAUGUAUGUAUGUAUGUAUGUAUGUAUGUAUGUAUGUAUGUAUGUAUGUAUGUAUGUAUGUAUGUAUGUAUGUAUGUACGUACUUCGCGCGGAACCUAUUCUAGCGUGAAUUCAACCCUUGUAACAGCAAAUUGUAAUUAAUGUAUUAAUUAAUGUAAUUAUUUAAUGUGUUAAUGUAUUUUCUUUGUUGUGAAGCUAUUACAAGUUAAAUUUCAAACACUGGAGGGUUUUAUAUGAUACAGAAUUUAUAUGAUACAGAAGAGUCUUAUGUAUUUGUGUAGUAUAUUUUGUGAUCUUAAAUAACGUGUUUCAUUAUAUUUUGUUAAUAAAAAGGAAGGGGGUGGUAGGAGAAAAGCACACAUAAACUGUGUUGGAGGGGACCUACAUUCCCUCCAAUGCGUUACGUGUGGUUUCCUCCGAGGCUAAGGGUCCCCCUUCUUCCAGCCAGAGGUUUUGUUAAUUGUAUUGUGAUCGUCUGUCUCUGUUUUCUAUUUGAAUGUUUGCCUGAUGGAAUUGUUUGAUAUAUCCUGUAUAUGUGUGUAGGAUUGGCUGAUCAUCUAUUUAUGGGCGUACCUGAUCACUUGUCAGGUGUGUGUGUUUGCCUAAUUUAUCUAUCCUGUAUGUGCUUGCCUAAUCUGGUGUGUGUGUGUGUGUACUCACCUAUUUGUGCUUGCGGGGGUUGAGCUCUGGCUGUUUGGUCCCGCCUCUCAACUGUCAAUCAACUGGUGUACAGAUUCCUGAGCUUA